AACCUCCGUUGAGAUUCACCAUUUCGUGGCACGAUAAACUAUCAACGAAUUUCAAGGACAGAUACGUCUAGCGGCUGUCUACGUCUAGAACACGUGUCACGAUAACGCCAUCUAGAAAACAAUGGACGUUGCUUUGAGUACUAAGAAAAGCGCGGUAAAAUGAUCUGCAGAAAAAAUCCGUUGCCAUCGACCAGUCUGCUAGCCAUUGUUACAGUGUCCUUUGAAUCGUUCAGGUGAGACAUCCUGAAUUUCAUCAUGCCAAUAGUAAAUGGUUCAAAGGUAUUAAAAUUCGCGAGGCUAACCGAUAAAGCUUACGCCCCUACGAAAGGAUCGAAAAGUGCUGCGGGAUAUGAUUUAAGAAGUGCUUACGAGUACGUUGUGCCAGCACGUGGUAAAAAUCUAGUUAAAACUGAUUUACAAAUCGAAGUUCCUCAAGGUACGUAUGGACGAAUUGCACCACGUUCUGGACUAGCAUGGAAAAAUCAUAUCGACGUAGGCGCCGGCGUUAUUGAUGCUGAUUAUCGCGAGGAAAAUGUAUGGAAGCUGUGCCAGGACGUAGCCACGAGACACGGAUCGGAAAUAAAUCAUUGCUACGUUGCUUUCGUGAGCAACCCCUGGCGUAGCGUACCGCUAUGGCGACAACGGGCAGGAAAGGACGAGGAUAAGCUCGUUGUUUGGGACUUCCACGUAAUCUUUAUCUAUGCACCCGACGAAAGGGCGGUCGUGUACGAUUUAGAUAGCGUGUUGCCGUUUCCGACGCAUUUCUGGAAGUACGCGAUGGAAACGUUUAGAUCCGACGAGGUGGUGCCGCCGGAGCAUCACAGAAGAUUUAGAGUAUUGCCAGCCAGCGUAUACUUGCGAGAGUUCGCGUCAGAUCGGCAUCACAUGAAACGCGAGGAUGGUACAUGGAUCAAGACUCCGCCGGAUUAUCCGCCGAUCUCAACACCAAGAUGCAAGGAUAACUUGGAUACCUUUAUCAACACGGAUCCAGAGACCGGGUUGGGGGUCGUGUUGACGUUAGAGAAACUAUUCGACCGGUUUCAUAGGCCGAUCGCGAACCCAUCGGUCCCUCGUUCACCCCAGCCACAACCGACACCGACAUAAACGUGCCGCUUAAGUAAGUUCCGCAGGGUGACGAUCGUUUUGCUUUGAUUUCGAAUGUCAAAAUCAAUUGUAUGGCCUAAGGGAAUUGGUUGGCGCAUGUACCUUCACGAGCGGAAACAUUGGGUCAUAAUCGGAUAAUUAUGUUUGCUUAACCGUUGCUCACGACGUUUCCGUGUAACAUGAAAUAUAUACUGGAACCGAUCGAUCGUUUACCAAAUAUUAGAUCGUUCAUGCUCGAUGCGUAAGUCGAUGUUUAAACGUUACUUGAUGCGUGCCCCGUUCUUGCCACCGAUUAAAUUUAAUCGUAAGACGCGUUGAUCGACGCUACGAAUUUAGCUAGUCGUCGUUGAGUGUACAGAGCAACGUAUUCGAAAACAUUCUUUUCUUUUUCCAUUGUCUCCAAAAUCAAAAAUCGGAUCGACAACAUUAACGGAUCGCGUUGUCUGUGCCGGUACGCGAGCUCGCGGACGAGCAAAGUGAUCGUGCUGUGCUGCUGUUUUCCAAUGUAUCUCGAAUAAGUAUUUUGCCCGUUGUAUUUCUAGGCUAUGCUGAAAAACGUUUCUUUCGUCCCUUUCGAAAAAAGUGUUAUUUGCAGCGCGUCGCGGAGAUCCUUUGUCUCUAUUGUGUACUAUCACGUUACGAUCGACCAUGUUUCAAGUUUUUGAGUCGUGGUUCCAUGAGUGUCCUCGUGUUUGUAUGUUUUACCAUACAUUCGUAUAGAAAUCUAUUUCACCGCUUUGCUCUAUCGAUGGUAUUGUAUCGUUAUAAUUAUUGUGUCAAAGACUGAUUGUAUUUACGGAGAAUCUCCGAGAAGCUCGAUGGUAGGUCGCCCUUCGAUCGACGCAUAUAUCUAUUAACGCGCGUCCGAGACACAGACGCGACUAAAAAAAAAACGCUUAUUAUUAUCGUGCGAUCGAUAUAGUAAGGUCAAGAACUCAAAUUCUUCGCGAGAUAAUGUAAUUAUUACGAUUAUUGUAAUUCUUGUGAUACUUUACACUUUCUACUUUGAAUACCUACAAGCUAUUUGUCUACUGUUUAUACUAAGGAAAAAAAAAAAUAAUACUGAUUCUUAACGACUGUGCGUUCGCUCGUCGACGCGACUAUCUUCCGUACAGCGGGGUCGAUGUUGGACGAGCGAAAUGAAAUCGGCAAAUCGAACCAAAUUCGUACCAGGGUUGCGACCCCCGCACGACCAAUCGUCUACAUCGAAAGAUCGUCCUCGAGUCAACGAACGCGCGCGCGCAUCCCUCGUAUCCCGAAUGCCAAAACAAUCCUGACAACGAAAACUUUGAAUCGUUGAUUAUUCGCGACGAAAUGUAACAAAAUUACAGCGAGACGCUGUAACGUUCGCUCGCGGUGCUCUUACGAUCGCCAUUCCCGAAUUUAUUGUCACGAUCGGUAAAGAAUUUUGGGGGAAAAAGUAUCGAUCGACGAGCGAACGCAAACGGACCGUCGUCGCGUCGGUUCGUCGAUCAAGCGACGAUGAAUCGAUUAGUCGGCGUCGAUAAUUUAAGAGUUCGUCCACUCUUUGCCUUCCAGAAUCUUUCACUAGUUCUCUUUGUCUUCUAUCGUCGACGUGCGUUUCGCUGCGAUUCGCUUGUAUCGUGUUACGUACGAUUAUUCGAAAAACAUCUAGUCACCGAAAGAAAAUCGAGUACGAUCCACGACGACGGAACACGCCCGCGUCGUUUUUACACGGACGCCCGGCGUCGUGUCGUGCGUGAAAAAAUCCCGGGACCUUUCUAGCGUGCAGUAUAUUCGAUUAUUAAAAUAGAAGAAACGAGAGAGCCAGAGACCUAAUCUCUCUGUCGUUCAAGGUAUUACUAAAUAUAUCAGAGGAAAUUGAUAACUAUUGCAUAUAUACAUAUGUAUGUAUAUGUAUAAUAUAAAUGUUGCGGGACAAACACGGACACGUACACGUACACUCAUAUUAAUCAACAUUUCAUAUUUAUUAUAUUGAUAUAUUUAAUUAUAUUGUGUCGAUUUCGAUACACCGAUGAGAGAGUUUAGUCGGAAAUGUUGAAUUAUACACUGUUUUAUACAUAUACAUGCGUACAUAUACAUACAUAUAUGUAUAUGUUUGUCAACGUUCGGUGACAUAUUCUCUUAUCAUUGUCAUUCUGCAAGAUACGUUAUAAUACGACUUUCAGGAUUACAAGUCUUUUAUCACGAUACGUGCUCAUGUUCACUGAAAAUUUAAAAAAAAAAAAAAACAAAAAAAAAAUACGUUGGAAGAACCUCUUUAUAAACUUCGUCUUUCGAAUCUACGAUAAUUUAAUUAUAUAAUAAAUGGACACACUCCGUUUGUCUCAGCUUGAAAUUUUAUGAAUGUACUUUUUAAAUCUUUAUAUAAAGAAAUCAUUACGUGCUCCGAAAUCCUCUGUGCCUCCCCCCUCCCCCCUUUCUUCGACGAACAGCACCAAUGUCAACAAAAAUAGAAGAAAAUACUCUGAAAACGGUAAUCGAAGCAAAUUCUCCGAGCGUGCAUAUUUCGUUCUCCUCCCACGAUGCGUUUUUAAUCGACGGGACGAGUGUAUUGCUUUCCAAGAACGUUGUCUAUCAAUUAUUAAGCUAAGUUUAUCCGAUACUUCUGCACGAUCGACUUUCUAUUAGACCUUGCGACGUGUACGAGAAUGCUUGGUGUUUGUUCAAGUUACCCCCCACUCACACACACACACACACACACAAGUGAUUUAACGUUUUUGCUCAUUAUGGCGCACAAUAUUCCGGUGUGUGCCGUUUGAUCCAGGUCAAACGCUGUUAAGAUUAUCGUACCUUAGGCAUCGGAGAAUUA